UAUCUCGUUCACAUUCAUCUCUGGGAGAAAUUGAUUGAUCGGAGAAGAUGAAGAUUCAGUGUGAUGUGUGUGAGAAAGCAUCGGCCACAGUGAUAUGUUGUGCAGAUGAGGCAGCACUUUGUGCGAAAUGCGAUGUAGAAGUUCAUGCUGCUAAUAAGCUAGCCAGCAAGCACCAGAGGCUUCUUCUUCAGUGCCUCUCCGACAAGCUUCCUCCCUGUGACAUUUGUCAAGAGAAAGCAGCAUUUAUAUUCUGUGUGGAGGACAGAGCUCUCUUUUGUAAGGAUUGUGAUGAGCCAAUUCAUUCAGCUAAUAGCCUUGCUGCUAACCACCAACGGUUUCUGGCCACCGGAAUUCGAGUGGCACUGAGUUCCAGCUGCAACAAGGAUGCCCCGAAAGGGAAAUUAGAGGAACCACAGCCCCCCAAAUCUAACUCGCAGCAGGUUGCCGUCAAAACUUCUUCCCAACAAUUGUCUGGUUUCACAUCUCCUUCUUGGGCCGUUGACGAUUUAAUGGGGUUUUCUGAUUAUAAUCCCUCACAGAAGAAGGAGCAGCUUGGGAUUGGUGACCUUGAAUGGUUGACUAAUAUGGGUCUGUUCGGAGAACAUGAAGUACCACAACUAUGUACUCAGUCUAGCAACACAAACAUAAACAAGUCAACCAAAUUCUACAUGCCUCACAAGAGGGCGAGGGUGGAUUCGCCCGAUGAAAGUGAUUUCUUUACAGUUCCAGAUCUUGGUUAAUGGAAUCAAAUGUAAUGAGUAAUGACAAAUUCGUUCUUCUAACAUAUUUUGGCAGUAGUUGAACUAUGCAUAUCUACUAUUUUGGGAGCAAGAUCUUGUAUUCCAAAACCGUAUUCCAUCGGGUAUGUGUUUAAUUUCAAUAGUUCCAUCGUCACCACAUGUAAUUGCGUGUCAUGUGGUGCGGUGGCGGCAAUCCAACAAUUGGAAUACUGUUUGGGAAUAUAAAAUUUCAUUUAUGAUAUUUUGUAUCUGUCAAAAACAAUGCAAGCGUGCCUUGUGAAUUGUGAUUCUUCAUAGGGGUUAUGUCUAUUCGGGUGGAAUUCUCAGCUUCUCCUUUUGUUUUGCAUUCAAUUCUUUGCUUAUGAUAAAUUGCCUUUAUUCGAUUUGUAGUUCUUUC